AAAACAAAGCCAGAACAGCUCGGGCUAGAGCUCGGCUGCCGGGUUCAAUAUCGCACUGCCGAACAGCCUGUGUAGCUGGUUCAGCGCUAAAAUUCCCCCUAAUCGAAUAACAAAAAAUAAAAGCUUAAAGCGUUUACAGCUUGCCAAUUGGGCAAAAAUCGAGAAUCAGUACGAAAUGCGUUGGCCGUGGAAGCGCACGUUUAGCAUUGCAAAGGGUCGCAAUGAAGUCGCCGGCAAGCGGCCACAGGCGACAGUUUCUACCAUUUACGAUCCCAAUGGCGAUGGCGAGGUUAAGUAUACGGCGAAGAAUGGCGACGACUGCUACGAGCUGUCGCACAGCCUCGAGAUGGACAUGCAGAGCCGAUACAGCGCGCCAAAGGAAGCGCAUUGGCUGCUGCGCCGCAUUUACAUACUCACCUGGAUACGCAGCUAUGAUCGGACGCAGGCCUUUGCCGAUCUCAUAGCGGGCAUUACGCUCGGCCUGACCAUCAUACCGCAGAGCAUUGCGUAUGCCGCGCUGGCGGGCCUCUCCUCAGAGUACGGCCUGUACUCGGCCUUCAUUGGCUCCAUUAUCUAUGUGUUCUUCGGCACAAUACCUCAGGUGUCCAUCGGGCCCACCAGCUUGAUGGCCAUCAUGACGCUGCAGUUCUGUGCGGACAAGCCCGUGCAGAUAGUCAUUGUGCUGGCGUUCCUGGCGGGCUUUGUGGAGCUGCUCAUGGGCGUCUUUCAGCUGGGCUUCAUUGUCAGCUUCAUACCGGCGCCUGUGACCAAGGCGUUCACGUCCGGCACCGCUGUGAUCGUGGUGCUGGCGCAGAUGAAGAGUCUGCUCGGCAUUCGUCUGAAAAAGGUGGCCUCAAUCGAAAACUACUUCGAAAAUAUUAUAAUGUCGGAUACCAUUCUGGGAAUUACGUGCCUCUGCCUGCUGCUCGCACUGCGUCGGCUGUCCCAGGUCCAGUUUAAGCAGGAUACGCCGCUGACGCAACGCCUCAAGAAGGUGCUGUGGUACAUCAGCAUCUCGCGCAAUGCUCUGAUUGUCUUCUUCAGCGGUCUAAUGGUCUACGUGUGGGUGCACAAGAGCUCGCUGCAGGCUAUACCCUUUGCGCUCUCCUCGAAGGUCUCUUCGGCCAUGCCCAGCAUCCAGUUGCCGCCCUUCGCCUUUGAGCAUGAGAAUCGCACCUAUGUCUUCACCGACAUCCUGCACGAGCUGGGCAGCGGUGUCAUUCUAGUGCCCAUUGUGGCCGUCUUGGCGAAUGUGGCCAUAGCCAAGGCCUUCGUUAAGGAUGGCAAGCUGGAUGCCUCGCAGGAGAUGUUGACACUGGGCCUCUGCAACUUGGCCGGCUCCUUCUUCAGCGCCAUGCCCACCUGUGGAGCCUUCACGCGCUCCGCGGUCAGCCAGGCGUCGGGCGUACGCACGCCUAUGGCUGGCAUCUAUACGGGUCUGAUUGUGCUCUCCGCGCUGUCCAUAUUGACGCCCUACUUUCAGUACAUACCGAGAGCGUCGCUGGCAGCUGUGCUCAUUGCAGCAGUUGUCUUUAUGAUUGACUUGACGCCCAUCAAGGAGCUGUGGCGCACCAACAAAAAGGACUUCUUCAGCUGGACGGGCAGUCUGGUCAUGUGCCUGAUUGCUGGCGUUGAGAUGGGCCUGCUCUUCGGCAUCGUGGUCAGCAUGAUCUGCAUUCUGCUGCGCCUGGGCAAUCCCAGAAUUGAGGUCACUCUCAAGCAGUGCGAGUCCAAUUAUUACGUUCAUAUUGUGCCGCAAUCGGAUAUUUUCUAUACGGGCGUAGACAUGCUGCGCACGGAGAUCGUAUCCGCGUGUCUCUUGUAUCGCAACGACUUUCCGAUCGUCGUGCAAUGCUCACGCUUCAUGCAGUUCGAUGCGACCUUUGUGGAGAUGCUGAACGCCGUGUCCAAGGAGCUGGCCAAGGACAAUGUGGUGCUGGUGCUGCAGCACAUGUCGCUCAAGCAGCAACAGAUGCUGCCCGUCACCAGCAACAUACGCUUCUGUAACGAGGAUCAGGAGCUCUUUCCGCACGAGUCCAAGCAGUAGUCAAGCCCCGCCAAAAUCCACAUCCGCUUGGCCAUGUUGACUCACGUCACAAUCUGUUUUUUUUUUUCCUAUUGCUUUAAUUGCUCUGGCGUCAGAGGUGUCUGUCCACCUGUGCCCAGUCGGCGCUGGCUCGCGUGCGCAUGUUGUUCACAACUUUGCGCUUAUAAGUGCCUCCAUAUAGCAAUUUAGAUGUAUAAAUUAAAGUCAACCUCUGGCGUUUAUCGCAGCAGCCACUCAGUAAACAGAUCCACUACUUAAUUGUACUUUAUUGCUUGAUUGUACUCUGCUUAAAUACUCUUCGCUCGGCUCUAGAAGCUGUACACAAGCCAACGUAGUUCCUUUUCUUACGUCAGCUGUGAAAUGUAAAUAAUACAAAAAUAAUAAAAACUCGUAUAAAAAUAAAACAUAAAAGUGAAGCACGAUACCUUUCUACU